AUGUUAGGCGAUGCUUUAUCUAAGCCUAAGCCUAAAGUCACAGGUAAUAUGCAGUCAGGAUUAAUUGUAGUAGAGACACUGCUAUCCAUGGAGGUUCCGCCGCCCCCGCAAUCGAUUGCUGAUUUUCUUGGCACUGGCUCUAGGCUUUGCAUCAUGCAGAUUGUCAUGGAAAAUUUCAAAUCCUACUACGGUCGUCAUGUUUUGGGCCCGUUUCAUAAGAACUUUACGUGUAUCGUCGGUCCAAACGGAAGCGGAAAGUCUAACGUCAUAGAUUCGCUGUUAUUCGUUUUCGGCUUCCGAGCACAGAAGAUUCGUUGCAAGAACAUGCGUGUGUUGAUACAUAAUUCUGAUGGUCAUCAGGACGUUGAUUUCUGUUCCGUAGAAGUGCACUUUGCACUUAUUAACGACACUAUAGUCCAAGAUAGUGAAUUCGUCGUGGCACGCACCAUUGACAAGCGCAACAACUCACGAUAUCUUCUGAACAACAACGUUGUUCAGUUCAAGGAUUUGUCAGCAUGGCUACGCCGCAACGGCAUCGACUUAGACCACAAUCGCUUCCUCAUUUUGCAGGGAGAAGUGGAAGAAAUAGCUCUCAUGAAGCCGAAAGCUCUGACGGAAGGAGACGAAGGUAUGCUAGAGUACCUGGAAGACAUAAUUGGAUCAUCGAGGCUGAAGGUGUUUAUCGAUAAACUGGACGAGAAACUUGAACAACUGAAUGACGUUUGCACGACGAAGGUUCGCAUGCAUUUAUUUUCGUGUAAUUUACUCUGUAGUGUUUAUUCGUCAUCGCACAAACAAACAUACGACAUAGUACAAUGGACGACCUUGCAUAUCCUGGAUCUGGACGAUCUCGAAGACAGACAACAAGAUGGCCACCAGAUAAACAUUGUAACAGUAUUUUUUAUGCCCUCACUAAAUGUAGUAUCGUUUUUUCUGCAUUGCAAUAGAAUUACAAUAGAAUUUUUGAUACUCUCUCAACUUUGCUAUUAG